AUGCGUCAACUCACCGAAGAAGAGACCAAGACUUUAUUCUCAAAGCUCGCCCACUACACGGGGCGUUCUUUGAACAGCCUGAUUGCCCCCACCGAUGGCGGACAACAGAUGGUCUUCCGUCUGCAAGGAAGUCGGGUAUACUACAUGCCCCUAGCUCUUGCGAAUCUGGCGACCUCAAUUCCCCGCGACAACCUCCUGUCGGCUGGUACUCAGAUGGGAAAGUUCACAAAGACUGGAAAGUUCAGGCUCAACUUGACUUGCCUGGAUGUCGUGGCCCCUCAUGCGAGAUAUAAGCUGUGGAUCAAACCCAAUGGAGAAAUGCCUUUCCUCUAUGGAGGUAACGUCGUGAAGGCGCACGUCGGCAGAUGGUCCGAGGACUGCCCUGAGCACAGCGGCGUCAUUGUGUACAGUCAAGAUGAUACCCCCCUGGGAUUCGGAGUUUCGGCACGAUCAACUCAAGAGGCCAAGAAGCUGGACCCCACAGGUAUUGUGCUCUUCAGACAAGCGGAUGUUGGAGAAUACCUACGCGAGGAGGAUACACUGUUCACCACCUAA